UGGCAGCAGGGUCAUAAAUUCUCCAUGAAGUCUUCCAUAGCUUAAUAUAGCUCCGGCCUCAGCUGAAGUCACUGUCGCCUCAGUCACUCAUGGUGGCUUCUUCUCGGAGGAUACAACACGCUGCGCCAUAACCGCCUGUAUCUGUGGACCGUACGUUAACCAUGUCUCAGCACAGCCAAGAUUCGGACUUGGACGAACUGUUUGGAGAUAUUGACGAAGAUGAGAUUUUGGCCAAUUUAUCUCCUGAAGAGCUAAAAGAGCUCCAGAGCGAGAUGGAGGUACUGGCGCCGGAUCCGAGAGUACCAGUGGGCAUGAUUCAAAGGGACCAGACGGAAAAAGCACCGACCGGCCAAUUCGACCACAGGUCGCUCAUCGGUUAUCUGCAUUGGGAAAAGGAAUCUAAUCGGAUGCUGGAAGAAGAAAGGCUUCCUGUUACUCUUCUACCAUCAGAGAGAAUAAUUGCCAGAGAGGAGGAGCAGGAGGAAAUGAAGAAGUCUCGUGAAGAAGAUGAACAAGAAACUGAAGAAGAGCCACAAGAACCAGAAGAAGAAAGUAAUGCUGAAACUGUAGAAGAGUUUUGCGAAAAAGACAAUGAGACAACAGAUGAAGAAGAAGAGAAGACAGAAACAAACCAAAGUGUCGGAUCAGAAACGGAAUCAGAAAAAGAAGACAAAAUGAACGGUGAAGUUGCUGAGGAAAGUCAUUCGGCCUCUCCACCGAAUGAAGAGAUUACAGAGGAAGAGCCAGAAGAAGAGAAGAGCGAUGAAACCAGACCCACCACUGAUGAAGCUCCAGAACCUGCUGAAAAAAUUGAGGAUAAAAAGCCACCUGAGAAGAUUUCAAAAUUAAAUAUACCAAAGAAAUUGGCACUGGACUCUAGCUUCAUUAAGAUGACCGCGAGGCCUUCUGGCAAUCAGACCAACUUGGACAGAACAUUGCAGAGCAUCCGGGAGAACAAUCCAGAUGUGAAAGAAGUCAAUUUAAACAACAUUGAGAAUAUUCCAAAGGAGAUGCUGGUAGACUUUGUCAAUGCUUUGAAGAAAAACAAACACGUAAAGACUUUCAGUAUGGCAAAUGUUGGAGCCGACGAGAACGUGGCCUACACAUUGGCCAAUAUGUUAAGAGAAAAUAGGAGCAUUGUCACCUUAAACAUUGAGUCCAACUUCAUCACUGGCAAAGGAAUUGUGGCCAUUAUACGAUGUCUUCAGUUCAACGAGUUCUUGACCGAGCUGAGGUUCCACAAUCAAAGACAUAUGUUGGGUCACCACGCAGAGAUGGAAAUUGCAAGACUUUUGAAGGCCAAUAACACGUUGUUAAAAAUGGGUUACCACUUCGAGCUGCCAGGCCCAAGAAUGGUCGUGACUAAUCUGCUAAGUAGGAAUCUAGACAAACAUAGGCAAAAAAGAAAAGAGGAGCAACAACAGCAACAGAUGAAAGAACAAGAAGAGAUCAUUAAUAUGUUGGAGAACGGUCUAGGCAUGGGAAUUCCACCAGAACUUUGGGCAAUGCUGAACCAACCUCCACCAACAACAAAUUCCAAGAUGCCGCCACCGACUUCCAACUCAAGAAUGCCAACUAUUGCAGAGGAACCGAAAAUCCCGGUGCCACCACUCAGAAAAAGUAAACAGAACAAGCCAGAGUUGAACUCUGAAAACAAGUUCAAAUCCGAACCCCCGCCUUUCAAAGACGUGAAACUCAAAAAGUUUCAAACAAGAUCCACGGCCCAAAAGUUAAGAGAAGAAGCAGAUAAGACUAGUUUGCGAGACAUGAUACAGCUCAAAAGGGCAAAACCCAAGUCAAGCUCUUCUCAAAAUUCAGAGCUGGCAGAGAAAGUCAAUCUUAAGGAUGUAAUGAAAACCCUGAAGCCCGUGCCAAGGAAUCGUCCACCUCCUCUUGUUAACUUGACGCCAAGAGAUGAGCUUCUAAAAGAUAUUCGCCAGAGUAAUGUGGCCUAUCUAAAAGCGGUGCCAGUCCCGAAAGUGCUGGAGUAACGCUUGGAGUAAAUGUGAAGAAGACUCUUUUAAAUAGACAGUCCUAAUAAUGCUAUCGGUGAACCACUAAAGACAAUGGGGAGACUGCUGUUAGUGUCAUGGGAUCAACACCGAACAUGGAGUGAGAAGAGCAAGAAGUGAACGUAUUCAGAUGAGACAUAUUGGGGCAUAUUUACUAGCAGCGGUGUGCCGCCAUGCGGUAUGCAUUCUGAAUGCAGAGCGAACGGUGCAGCUCGUGAGCUAUGACCGAUUUUGUGAAUACGGUUUCCAGCACUUCAUUGAGCUUUAGUUAAAAAAAAAAAAUAUUAUAAAAAAUUGCAUGGGACUUCAUAAAUAUGGAGCUCAACCCCGAAUGCUAUUAUACAAGGAUAAAUAAGCCCCAUCGGAGAGAUCCCACAGAGGGAUAGUCAAGGAAAGCGGUCCCGUCAGCGAGCAUGUCGGUUUGGACUACGUGAAUGGUGAGUGCUAUGGGCCACUACACAACAAGGACUUACCCCUAUUGUAAUUACCUAUAUCUAAUGUGAAAUCCUAGACAGGUAGGUAGAGCAGACCUAACCAGAACGGAAUAAACCGCUUGCCUGCAAUAAGCUGUGAUCUGUGGAGGCAUCCUAGUCAACAGUGUUCUCUGCAGCACCACCACAGGUGAAAUGAGGAAUUACACAGUUACCACUGUAAUUAAAGGGGUUGUCCCAUCACAGACAAUGGGGGCAUAUCGCUAGGAUAUGCCUCCAUUGUCUGAUAGGUGGGACCCGCACCUACAUCGAGAAUGGAGCAGGGAAAGGUGUCCCCAUAUUUCCGUCGGCCCCAUAGAAAUGAAUGGGAGAAGUGGCCGCGCAAGCGCAGCGCGCUCCCAUUCACUUGUAUGGGAAGAAUGCUUGGCGGUGGCCAGAACCCGGGAACUCCCAUACUCCCAAUGACCAAUAUGAAAAUCCCAGAGAACCCCUUUAAACUCAGAAUUCCCUAGUAAGGUGACGGAAAAUGGAUUGAAAGUUAUUCAUAAUGGAAAGAGAAAAACAACCUGUGGUUCUCUACUACAACUGCCAGCAUUCUGCAGUCAAGACAUGCUGGGGGUUGUAGUUUUCCAGACGCUGGAGACUACUGUGCGAUGCAUUCUAGUGUGUUCUAAGUGCUUGCCAUUAGUCUGAUCUGUGAGGUCCACGCGAAUGGGACUUCUAUAGAGAGUAGGACAUCAGGUAAUCUAUGUUCCAUAUUGGAAUGUACAGAGGUGGAGACCACCUUCAUCAUGGUGUGUAGAGCCCACGACAGGCAUGAGGAACAGAACAACAUAAAUCUGGAAGACAAAAACUUCCAGGAAUGUUAAAAAGUCAUCAGAAACCCUUCCAAGGCAUCUCCACGUGUUUGGUACCAGGCACCACCAACCUCACACCAUCUGGAGGGAGGUGAAACCUGACAAGAAGCAGAUGAUCUCCAGACUCGGGAAGUGAUUGUGAGUGAAGCGACGUCUGAGUUGUCUCCAUAUUAGCUACCGUUUUUACAGAAAUGUGUUUUGUUAAAUCUAAUGAGGAUGUAAUAAAAUUGUCAUUUGAAAGAACCGGUCAUACAUGUCAUUCCUGUCGAUAUAUACAUUUUUGCCAACAGACUCAAGUGGACCAUGAAAGGGGGCAGGUAUAUUCUUUUGAUUUGAUGAGUCUUCCCAAGUGCAAUACGGGAAGUCUUAGAAAGGUCCACUUUUUGGGAUC